AAAAAAUAAUGAAUGGAAAGGUCAAAGGAAAUGAAAUUGCUCCAUUUUCCGGUCUGAAAAUUCUAAUCAAUAUUCGACAGGACUGCAGCCCAAAUUUUAUUCUAGUCAGUUUGUAAAUGAGAUAACUCAAAACGUGCGAUAUGCAGUGUAUUUCCAUAGUAUGUUUUAGUUUUGUCGCGUAGACUAAAUUUGUGUUGUGGUUCCUGCUCGGUUUCAACAAGUUUCAACAUCAGGCCCGGCCGGGUCCAAAGCACCAUGUUGAAGCUAACUCGGCAAUGUCUGUUUUCUCCGCGGCUUUAUCGAAUCUACGGAGAGGGACUGAGAAAUGUCUUAUAUGAACCAAACAAAAAGGAGAGCUUUGGAGAUAAAGUCAUCAUAUCGGUCACCACGAUAAUGAACAUCACAUACUAUGCGUCCCCAUUUCUAUGCAUGUAUAUACUCAAGAGGGGUUUCUUCAGCUAUUUUGAAUUGAAGAUCAUGGGUAAUUUACUUGGCGGCAUUGGUUGCUUCGUGGCGUUCUGCUUCGCUCUGCGGGCGUAUGGCCGGGCCAGCAAUCCGAAGUACGUGAGGUUCCUCAGGGAUAUCAAGAGUCCUUCCGCUAACCAACAAGCCUACUUGGAGCGCAUCAGAAGAUAUGACUUCGACUUCAAUGCAUGGCCGGUGAAUUACAAAGUGGCACAAUGCGAGAAACCUUCAUGGGCUUUGAGUCAUCCGUUCAAGAGCUGCGCUAACGCCGAUCUGCCAGUAUACCAGAGGGUUCCCCUCCAGGUGUUGGCUUUCUUCGCGAUACACACGUUUGGUCUUCGCCUCAUCUAUCCCGGAACGCUUGCGCUCAUACAGAGGCUCAUAGGUGCAAAUGCACUGAUUUCGGGACGGACACAAAUGGUUGAACUUUUUAAUGGACGGCGAGCUAAAGUAGCGACUGCCGAUGGCAACAUGAUUGACACGAUGUUCGUUGACAACACCGCCCAGUCGGCUAAGGGGAAGAUACUGGUGGUGAGCUGUGAGGGGAACUCUGGCUAUUACGAGGUCGGUCUGAUGUCAACGCCUGUCAAGUGCGGAUACUCGGCUCUCGGAUGGAAUCAUCCAGGAUUUGGAUGGAGCACCGGUGUUCCAUUCCCAAAAGCAGAGCGAAACGCUAUCGACGCGGUGAUGCAGUAUGCUAUCAACGAACUACGGUUCCAGCCAGAAGACAUCGUCCUACUCGGCUGGAGCAUUGGAGGAUACACAGCGACUUGGGCAGCAGUAAAUUACCCGAUCAGGGCUUUGAUCUUAGAUGCAACAUUCGACGAUCUGCUGUACCUCGCUCAGAACCAGAUGCCCUCGUCAUGGUCGCUCCUCGUGAAGGAAGUCAUCCGCACAUACGUUGACUUGAACAUUGUGACUCUAUUGAAGCAGUACGAUGGGCCAGUCCAGCUCAUCAGGAGGACUGAUGAUGAAGUCAUUUGCUUGAGGCGGGGCUUAGUCGGCACGAACCGCGGCAACUACCUGCUGAGUGACAUGAUCAUGCAGCGUCAUCCGGAGCUGUUCAAGGCGGGCGCCAGCAGGCGGCUCGCGCUACAGAAGUACGUGUCCAUGCUGGAGACGCACCGCGUGGAUGUGGUCACCAAGAAGGAGGAGGACCAGCAGUUACUGCAACUGAUUGCAAAGUACUCGCGGGAUUUCCGAGGCAUGCACUGCACGCCGUUGUCCGAUGAGCUAUUCGACGAGGUUAUGGAACGUGUAGCGACUCGCUGUGAAUAAGAGAUGUGUAACUGUAUAGAAUCAUCUAUACAUGUUAUUAUUGACAUGGGGGACUAUAUAUAAAGUGAAGUGUUAUGAACUGAAAUACUGCUCAUGUGAUGGUGUGGACUACAAGUUGGGCUCAGUACAACAAAUUGCAGCACUUUUGCUGUUCAUUAUUUGUACCAUGUGCUUAAUAGAAUAUUUAUUUCAAUUCAAUAUAGCGACAUUCGUUACGGUCUAUUUAAAUAGCUUGGUGUCAGUAAUAUGUUUCAUAGAAUAUACAGUACAGUAUUACUUUGCGUACUGCAUUUCUGCGAGUGCAGCUUGACGACCGCUUGAGCAACGGUGAGGAUUGGUUGUUUGAAAUCCAGUGAGAUUGGUAGUAGGGCGUUUAAUUGAAAUCAGUUUAGACCAUUUUUGUCCAUUUUAAAUUCAAUGAUAAUCAAAAAUCAUCAGUCAUCCAUUAAUAGAUGUUGAUACAAUUUUAUUAUACACUCAUCUCGAUAAAUCGAUGUUUCGUGCAAUAAUAUAUAUCAAUAUUUUCAAUAAAUCGAUGUUAGUGUGCAAUGAUAUUAACUCAAUAAAUUGAUGUUACGUGCAAUGAUAUUAUAAAUCUAUCUUCUCAAUAUAAAUCGAUGUUUCAUGCUAUGAUAUUAUAAUAACAAUCUUCUUAAUAAAUCAAUGUUUCAAUAAAAAAGAUAUUAUAGAUCAAUCUUCUUGAUAAAUAUAUAUUAUUACGUGCAAGGCCGGGACGUAGCUAUCGUAGUAUCAGCCGUAUUAGUGAUACGGGGCCUCCGAGCUUUAGAGCCCCUCUUGGCUAAUAUUUACCUUAAACUAAGCGGGCGCCUAAAAGUCCGCACUACCCUGAAGAGCCCCCAACAAAUAGAUAUAGGGUCCCUGUACGGCAAGCUACACUACUGGUGCAAAGAUACUUUAGAUCGGUCAUCUCAAUAAAUCGAUGUUUCAUGAAAUGAUGUAUUAUUAUAAUGUCUAUAAAUUAUAAACUUCAAUGUCAUGGAAUUGCGUAGUUCAGUAUGUGUCUAUUAAUAUUUCAUUAUAUAACAUACAAUGAUAUUUGAUUAAUAUAGAUAAAUAAUGUCGAUAAAUGUUACAUUCGAUGGUGUAUGUAGUUCAGUUCAUUAUAUUGAUGUCCAUGUGUUGUAGUUCAGAUAUUAUAUCAAUAUUCAAUGUUCAUGUCACACAAUAAGUGUUAAUAAUAUAUUCUUUAAAAAUGACGUAAUGUUGUAGAAAAUGCUUAAUUACUUCUCAUACUGUAUUUCAGCAGCGUCAAUCUAGCUGUUGUGGUAUUUAUAAUCAAUAUGAAUUUUUUGCCUGCAUAUCUCAGUGUAUUUGAAUGAUAUUUAUUAUAACUAUUGUAUUGCUUAUAGAACAUAAACAUGACUCAUGUGGUAAAGAAGUUAUUUGGUGUAUUGACUGUUGUUCAUCUAUUGUAUUCAAUGUGAACAUUUUAAACUACUUACCUGUAGUACAUUUGUAAUGUAUAUUAAUAAUGUUAGACAUUCCUGUAUUUUUCCUGAACUGGUAUCUCCUGUGUUUGUACAAUAAUAUGUUUGUACUUAUAACAAAAUGCAAUGCAGUUUAUUUUAAAACAAUAUUUCUGAGUAAAUAUUGAAUGAAAUGAGUUUUGAAAGACAAUUUUCUGUUUCUGUUUAUAAUGUAUUUAUUUUGUUUUGCAUAAUGACAUGUGAUUUAAUUUUUACAAUGACUUAAUUAUUUACCAUCUAUAUUAAUUAUAGCAGGACAGCAUUUUAAAUAUUUUAUUGACUUAAUAAUGGGUGUAAUGUGUAAUAAUUUAAGAGAAUAAAUAUUUAGAUAUA